GAUAUUCGCACCGGUGUAUACUACUUGGGGUUUGGAUAGCAAGCAAAGCAGAAAAGAUAUGGGGAGCGAUGCCAAGGAUCUCGUCAAGCACACCAAGCUCUUCAUCGAUGGGCGAUUCGUGGACGCUGUCUCAGGCAAGACGUUCUCCACUUUCAAUCCCAGCAACUCGGAAUGUAUUGCUCAAGUCGCCGAGGGAGACGCGGCGGAUGUGGAUCUGGCCGUGAGAGCCGCGCGCGAAGCAUUUGACCACGGGCCCUGGCCACGCCUUGCUGCUGCUGAAAGAGGAAGGAUACUUUACAAGUUCGCGGAUGUGAUCGAGGAACAUCUCGACGAACUGGCAACUCUUGAGACCCUCAACAACGGAAUGUUGAUCGAUCUAAGCAAGGGGAUAAUUGCGGGUUCGGUUGCCUCUCUGCGAUACAAUGCAGGCUGGGCUGACAAGCUCAAUGGAAAGACCUUGCGAACUGAUUCUACUCGGAUGUGCUACACCCUUUUGGAGCCAAUUGGUGUGGUUGGAGCGAUUGUUCCGUGGAACUUCCCGGCUUAUUUGUUUCUCAACAAAGUCGGGUCUGCGUUAACUUGUGGAAAUACGAUCGUUGUCAAGGUUGCCGAGCAGACACCUUUGACAGGACUGCUCCUGGCGAGUCUUUCUCAAGAGGCAGGGAUUCCCGCGGGAGUCCUCAAUGUUAUUCCUGGUUAUGGUCCCACUGCAGGAGCCGCGAUUUCGAAGCAUAUGAGCGUGGAUAAGGUCACAUUUACUGGUUCCACUGAAGUUGGAAGAAUGAUAAUGGAGAGUGCUGCGAGAAGCAACUUAAAGCCCGUCACACUGGAGCUUGGCGGCAAAUCUCCGUUUAUAAUCUGCGAGGAUGCCGACCUAGACUCGGCUGUGGCCGUCUCUCAAGAUGCCAUUUUCAUGCAUCAGGGACAAGUCUGUGUUGCUGCAUCGCGAGUCUUUGUUCACGAAAGUAUUCAUGACGAGUUUAUCAAGAGGUCUGUCAAGCUGGCAAGCGAACGUGUAAUUGGAGAUCCUUUCCAAUCCGGAGUCCAAAAUGGUCCCCAAAUCAACCAGGAGCAGCUGGACAGAGUUUUGAGCUACAUUGAGUCGGGAAAAAAAGAAGGUGCCAGCCUUCUAGUGGGAGGCAAACGCAUCGGCGAGAAAGGAUUUUACAUCCAGCCAACAAUUUUUGGAGACGUCAAGCAAUCUAUGAAGAUUGCCAGCGAGGAAAUCUUUGGUCCCGUGCUUUCAGUGCUCAAGUUCAAGACUCUUGACGAAGCCGUGGAGCUUGCAAACAGCACACACUACGGUCUAGCAGCGGCGGUCUUCAGCAAGAACAUUGACACAGUCAAUCUUCUGACCAGGUCGAUCAAAUCGGGCGUUGUCUAUGUGAAUUGCUACCUGGGAGACGGACCAGCAGUACCGUUUGGAGGCUACAAGAUGAGUGGAAUCGGUCGAGAGAAUGGAUACGAAGGCUUGCUUCCAUAUCUCCAGCACAAGUCCAUUCUCAUGCCUAUGGAAAACUCUCCUUGGAAUUGACUCUUUCGUUUUUCUUGUUUCACUUGUUCUGAUACCGUCUUUUACAAGAUGUGCUUCUUCACCCAACAAUCGGUCAAGAUAAGUUACUAGUUCAGGCU